CAGCCGAGCGCCGUGCCGACAGUGGUCAGUGCGCGUGCUUGCGAGGUCGCGCCGCGUGCGUAUCGCUGUUUUAAUCUUUAGUUGAUCGCGAGCGGACGGAAACCGACCGGCACGAUGACAGCGGAAAAAGAGAGAACGGUCACUUACAGUGAGGUGCCAACGAAAGAAGCCAAGGAGCAGGACGAUGGAGUUAUUCGUCUGAAGCCAAAAAUGACUCUCCUGAACGGCAUCACGGUCAUCGUGGGAUCGAUCAUCGGGUCCGGAAUUUUCGUGAGUCCUCGAGGCGUUCUCGCGGAGACGGGCUCCGUGAUGGCCUCGUUGGUUGUCUGGGUCGCCUGUGGAUUGUUCUCAAUGAUCGGCGCCUACUGCUAUGCCGAGCUCGGCUGUAUGAUCACUAAGACCGGUGCUGACUACGCGUAUAUCAUGGAAGCGUUCGGACCGUUUGUUGCCUUCCUGCGACUAUGGGUCGAAUGUGUCAUCGUGCGUCCAUGCUCUCAGGCCAUCGUCGCCCUGACAUUUUCAUUCUACGUGCUGAGGCCAAUCUUCCCCGAUUGCGAGCCCCCAGACCCCGCCGUGAAAGCCCUCGCCGUCGUUUGCAUCCUUCUUCUGACAUUCGUCAACUGCUGGGACGUCAAAUGGUCGACCAGAGUUCAAGACAUUUUCACGUACGGCAAACUGCUCGCGCUGGCCAUCAUCAUUGGCACAGGAUUCUACCAGCUUUCUCAGGGCCAGACACAAUAUUUCACUUGGGAGAAUACUCAGACGGAUGUCGUGAAAAUAGCGAUAUCAUUUUACUCAGGUCUCUUCGCGUAUAACGGAUGGAACUAUCUGAAUUUCGUCAUCGAGGAGCUGAAGGACCCGCACCGGAACCUCCCGAAAGCCAUCUUCAUCUCAUGCAUCCUUGUGAUGGUUGUAUACACCCUGACCAUAGUGGCCUUCCACACAACUCUGAGCAUCGAUGAAGUUAUGCGCGCGGAAGCCGUGGCGGCAACAUUCGCCGAGAAGCUCUACGGCAACAUGGCUUGGAUCGUACCCGUGUUCGUCGCCAUGUCUACGUUCGGUGGAGUCAACGGAAUCCUCUUCACUUCAUCCCGACUCUUCUUCGCCGGAGCUGAACACAACCAGAUGCCUCGAGUGCUCUGUAUGAUCCAAACAAGCCACCUGACGCCGGCGCCUGCAGUCAUCGCCAUGUGCCUUCUGUCCUUGAUGUACCUGGUCUCUAGCGACAUAUCUCUUCUCAUCGAUUAUGUUGGCUUCGCAACUUGGCUGGCGAUCGGACUCGGUGUCGCCACUCUGCCGUACUUCCGCUGGAAGCAUCCCGAAUGGGAGAGGCCCAUCAAGGUUCACAUGAUUUGGCCGACCAUCUACUUGGCAGCAACUGUCUUCAUCACUGUAAUACCCAUGUACGGGAAGCCUUUCGAGACACUUCUGGGAUUACUGAUCAUUGCUACAGGCGCGCCUGUAUACUUCGUAUUCUGUGCCUGGAAGAACAAGCCGAGAUGCAUCAAGGAAUUCUCUCAUAGCGCCACCUGUUUCCUUCAAAAGUUACUUGUGGUCGUUGAAACCGAAAAGGCGCGAGACGUUUAAAGAGGCCGCGAAACUAACUGCCAACGUGAAUCCAUUAUUCAUUCCUCGUCGAUUCGACUCAUUCUCAAAGUGUACACCAAGAUCGGAAUGUUUUGCUCAUCGCGUUGAGGCCUUGAUCCGUGGCUCGCCCCCGUGUUAGAUACCUGAACUGUUGAUCUAAUAUUGAGACCACUGAUGGCUUACGCGGCUUUCAAAUUAUGUUGUGGGGAGAGCCAAGCGGAAGGAAGGGACGAUUACUGGCGCGAACGAGGUUUUAAAUGUUUAUGGUUGAUUUUGAUGAUUGAUAUCGGUGUGAAAUCGUGGUGCGAUGUGUUGAGUGUCCUCAUGUUUAAGCAGUAUUCCUACGCUACUAAUAUAAGCUGGAAAUCCCUCGGAAGCGAACAAAAUCCAAGGCUCGCCAACCGGUGAGCGGCCGAUCUGAAGGAUGGACAAAACUCGGAUAUAUUUUUUUUACGAAUGUCAUGCUGUGUUACCAUGUCAAUCGGAUCAAGACGCAGAUUAUUUUCGCUCUAAUGUAACUCCCCGAGCGACCUCCAGAAGUGAAGAACUACUGUCGCCUACAAACUGAGAGACUACAGUGGCUUGGCGAAAUGGCGGGCUGACACACAUGGUACGACCAAGUUUUCUCGAUGGAGGUCCGUGGCUUUUGAUGUGCUCCCCAGGUUGAACUCACCGAUAGAUUUCUGAAAUUGUAUGCUCUGACUUCAUCCGUUCCGCCCCUGAUGAACAUAUCUGUUGCAGAAAUUCCGGUGCCAAAAGUUGAAGGGGAUCACUGAGUCUUAAAGUCUCGGAUGAGUGUACCUACGAGGGAACUCGCCUCAGUCUUCAUCAGUCUUAUUCUCCGGCGCAGGUCUGAGAGUCGGGAAUCGGAUUCCUACGGGAAUUCGGGGAAGUUUGGUACGCGUUCGAAUCCUGGCGAUACGGAUAUGACAAAUUCUAACAUGUUCAGCAGGACGUAUGUAGUCAGCGAUUCUGCUGGGACUAAAUUUCCAAGAGUAGAUCUCUUCGUCUAUCCGACCGGGAUAUAGAUUUUGAAGGAGCCGCAAUCGGUCAGGAGCUAUGCUGGCGCUUGUUUCCAAGCUCAGGAGCUGGCAGAAUGUCCGCGUCAAAUAAAUUAAUAUAA